AUGGCCGACUUUUCCAUAUACGGAGGCGCAAGCACGGAAUUUAGCGCUUUGCUCGCCACACUUCCACCAUCAACAGAGCAGACGCCAAGAGAACUCCAGGCCACCAACAAUAGCGUUCGAGAGAAUGUUUCGGCACUGGAAAUGAAAGUUCUCUCCUCGAAAGUCGAGAUGAAAGACCAUACGAUAUCCACUCCGGACGGUUUCGACCUGCAGGCACGGACAUAUCGUCCUGCGUCUGCCCCGGAAGAUGAAGUGCUACCGAUAUAUAUACACYUCCAUGGCGGCGGCUUUCUCUUCGGAACCCUGGACUCCGAAAACGCAACAUGUAKUCGCAUAGCGGWCGCAACAGGCGUGGUAGUGUUGAAUGUCAAUUACCGCCACACACCUGAGUGGGUCUAUCCCGCUGCAUGGCUUGAUGCUGAAGAGGCUUUCGACUGGGCUGUCGAAAAUGCCCAUACUUUUGGAGGAGAUGCAGAGCAGAUUGUUGUUGGUGGAAUAUCAGCUGGGGGUCAUUUAUCGGCUUCUCUUGCUCAAACAUUGACAGCUGCAGGAAAGGCUGGACCAUUGAAAGGUCAAGUCCUGAUGAUCCCGGUAACUGUAAUGGCGGAUUGUGAGUGGGGACCGAUGAGCAAAGCUGAGAAUGAAUUCGCUCCGAUUCUGCCCAUGAGCAGGAUAAAAUUGUUCAACGAUCUUGUCUGUCCCAAACGACCUCCCGUCGAGGAUCGCAGGGCGAAUCCUGGCCUUGCUUCUGGCGAGGAGGUCAGUAGUUUGCCGCCAACGACAAUCGGUGCUUGUGGACUGGAUCCGUUGAGAGACGAGGCGUUGAUUUAUGCCAAGCUCMUGGCGGAGAACGGAGUCGCAGUGAAUGUACACCUCUUCAAGGGGGUGCCGCAUGGCUUCCGUCGGUUUGGCGACAAGCUGUCGUUAAGCAAGGCAUGGGACAAUGUCAUGCAUGAUGGUAUUCGAUGGGCCUUGGGUCGACCUGUUGCUGGGGGAACUGUUGACCUACAUUUACAUGAAUGA